AUGCCGGCAGAAUUGGUUAAUCGGCUGGCGCGAAUGUUUCAGGACAUCAAAGUAUCUCACGAUCUGACACGCGAAUUUCAGGAGAAGGCAUCAAAUAAUAAUCUUUUGGGAAGCACCGAAGUGGUAUCAGUGUUGGUUAGCAUCAAAAUCCUUAGUAGCGGCACUUGGCUCCCCCGAAGUCUACCUAAAUGCGCUGUUGCUCUGCCUCCUGAGUUAGAAGAUUUUAUUCCUCAGUCUCCAAAUUAUGCUUCUGCCUUCUUUCACAACUUUCUGCCUUGUGAAUUCUGUUAUCCUAGUUGUAGCUCAUUUCGUGCCGUUCAUUCCUUUCCAGUGGGUUCACGGAAUCUAAUCGUCUCUGCCUGA